AUGGGUACCUUCGUCGACGAAGUCUUGCAGUGUCAUAACCUGGUGAGAAUUAAACAUGGCGUGAAGGAACUGAAACACAACGCAGACUUAACUGCUCAUGCGCAGAAAUGGGCAGACAACCUAGCUACUACCGGCAAAUUUGAACAUAGCAAUUGUGACUUCAGCGGUGAAAACAUUGGUGAAAACAUAGCCAUGGCGUGGAAACCUGGAGGCGAGGCAUUCAGUGUUACAGGGAAAGAAGCAUGUGAUAUGUGGUACAGUGAAAUCAGCAAAUACGACUACAACAAAGCUGGCUACUCAAAUGGAACGGGUCACUUCACACAGAUGGUAUGGAAAGGCAGCAAGGAACUGGGUGUCGGUAUCGCUAAGGGACACGACGGGAAGAUAUACGUUGUCGCCAACUAUCUACCGCCUGGAAACUAUACGGGGCAGUUCCAGGAAAACGUAUUCCCACCAAAAUAAAUGUUUUUAUUGUGAUUAAAUAUCGUUU